CUCUCUUCUCUCUUUCAGUACACCAUUUCACCCACACAAAUACACAGGUGGUAAUCUCAAUUAAUUUUGCUCCUUUUUUUUUGGAUGGAACAGCGUCUUAAUUUGUUAGCAACUACUCAUCUUCUUCAACACACUCUCAGAAGCUUAUGCAUCCACCAUAAUUCCCAGUGGGUUUAUGCCGUCUUCUGGCGGAUCCUCCCUCGGAAUUACCCACCACCAAAAUGGGAAAAUCAAGGUGCUUUUGAUAGGUCCAGAGGGAAUUGGAGGAACUGGAUAUUGGUGUGGGAAGAUGGCUUUUGCAAUUUUGGGGCGUCGUCUUCGGCCGACGAGAUGGAUGGCGGUGGCGGCGGCGGUGACUUUCCGGGCUCGUCUGUGGUGUAUGGGUUACAGCCAUGUCGGGGACUGCAGCCGGAGCUUUUCUUCAAGAUGUCGCACGAGAUCUACAAUUAUGGAGAGGGAUUGAUUGGAAAAGUAGCGGCGGAUCGGAGUCAUAAAUGGAUUUACAAAGAACCAAACGAUAAUCAAGACAUCGAAUUCUUACCGACAUGGCACAAUUCCGCUGACUCCCAUCCUAGGACUUGGGAAGCCCAGUUUCAGUCAGGCAUAAAGACCAUAGCUUUGGUCGCAGUCAAAGAAGGCGUCGUUCAAUUGGGAGCAGUUCAGAAGGUGACUGAAGACUUGAAUUUCGUAGUACAAUUAAGAAAGAAAUUCUGCUACAUCGAGAGCAUCCCGGGCGUUCUAUUGCCUCACCCGCUCUGCUCAUCAAUUCCAUCUAAUUUCAACGUAGACGCGGCCGCGAUGGCUACCGCGGCGGCAGCCUACGAGAGCGCGGAGUUAGGGCGGUUCGAAGGGACGAGUUGUUUCCCAGGUCCAGCAGAGCAACUAAUGUACAACCACAUUAAUUUGAACCCGGGCCAGCAGGUCCAAAUAACACCAUCAAUGAGCAGCCUAGAAGCGCUUCUGGCGAAACUACCAUCAGUGAUGCCGCCAGAAGCAGAAGCAGAGCCGUCGGACCAGAAAACUUUGGAGCUUUUGGCAAUGGAAAAAGUGGCAAAAGUAGAGAUCCAUGAUGAGGAUGAAGAUGAGGUUGUAUACACCCAACUUGUCCGUCGUUAUCAUGAUUGUGAUAUAAGUUAUAACUAACACAGCUGCCAUAUUAAUCAUGGCUUUUUUUUAUUAUUCUUUCUUCUUCUUCUUUUUGCUCCUUUAUUGUGUGACACUGGUUUAUGAUCUCUAAGUAAUCUUAGCCUUUUUUGUUUUUAGUUA